AUGAUUUAAGAUUCUAUAUUUGCUGAAUCCUUUUGGAAUCCCAUUUAAUAUAAUUGGGCUAUGAACUCAGAUGACGAAGAAGAAUAAACAUUUUAGUUGUACUCUGAUGACGACCUACAGACAUUUAAAGUGAUCUCAGGUCAAUUAUAUGCCAAUAGUUAAUAUAUAAAUUUGAUGGAAACUUUUAUCAAUUUAGAUGAGAGAGGAGUGACACUUUAAAAUAAAUAUGGUUCAAUAAAUAUCAACGGGCCUGAUUUAUAGUAGUUUUACUAGAUGAUAAACUAAAGAUGCACUCACUUGGAUAUUCAAUCGUAUUAUGAAAUUGAGAAAGUGUUGUUCUAAUUAGAGAAAUUCACAAUCUUACAAGCUCGAGAUAGAAUGAGUGGGAUGCUAAAGUCAAUAAAAUAGUAUUCAAAAUCUGAAGGCAGACAAUAUUUGAAAAGGAUAAUUAGGAACUAAAAAUAUGAAUAUAUAUAUGAGGAUGAACAAUAUGUCUAUAUCGUCAUUUCAUAUUUAAAUGGAAAGCCAAUAAAUGGAUUGCCCUUCGAAUAAUCCUUUUUUGGAUUAUUAAAAAUGUUGUACAAAUACCAUAAUGAAGGAUUCAUUCUAAAUAAAUUUUUAGUAAAAGUCGUAUAUAUUUUGUUAUAGGCUUCAAACGUUAUUCUAUUGGAUGAUAAUUGCAAUAUGGACAUCUUAGACAAUUGCCUGAUUGAAAGAAUGACACAUGAAUAUUCUAAGGAAAUAUUUUAAGACGUCCAAUUAAUUAAGGCUUACUUAAUUAUAUAGUAAGUUAAAUAAUUAUUAUCUAGAUUCCCUGAUUAAAUAGACACUGUCUAAGAAAUGAUUAACAAUAACGUUUAAUCAGUUCAAGAACUCUUGUUUAACUAACUUUUCAUCAACUAUUUUGGAGAAAGCGAGUUCUAUAUCUUACUAAAUUCAUAACCGUACUAAAGAUAAAAUCAUUUGUCUCAAAAGUCAAAGUUAAAUUUAUUAGAAACAUUCAACACUAUUAGAUCAAGUAUUAUGGAUUCAUCUGAUGAAUCUGAAGAAGUUCAGAUAAAUAAGUAAUUUAAUUUCUGUUCCUCACAAUUUGAUGAUUCUCCAAUGUUAUCUCCUAGUGUAAAACCAAAACAUUAAUCAAGAUUAUCAAGUAGACAAGUAGUUUUGGAAACACUUCUUUAAGAAAACAUCAUAACAUAAUAAUAAUUUUAAUAAUUCUAUAAAGAAGAAGAUUUUCAAAAUGAAUAAGAAAUCAAUGAAUUUAGUGAAAUGCUGACAAAAGAAAUAGAGAACUCAUCUCUUACUACUCCCAUCUAAAGUGAUUCUAAUACAACCUGUCCCAAUACCGUUAUUAUUCACAGUAAAAAAAAUGCAGCAAAUCGCAUUUGCGAUAUUCUACAUGAAGCUUAGUAAGAAUUAAUUUAAGCAGCCAAAAAACCAUACAAUGUGAAUAAAGUGUAAAAUGUUAGGAAAAACCUAUUUAAUUUACAUUGA